AUGUGGAAUACUCUAUUCGCUUUGGUCAACAGAUUUCUUACUGGGAAGAUUGGGAGCUUAGAUAUGUGCUCCACGAACCAUCUGCAAAUCCUAUACAUCAUCUUCUUCAAUGGAUCUCUAGAUUACUCCUUGGUACUCUACACAGAGUUCAAGGCUGCCGUGACCAAGAAAUGUCAAGAGGUGGCCAAAGGGAGGCAAUUGCCAUCUCUGUUGUUUCCGCGCUUCUUGGGUCUUCACCUAAGGUCUGCUCUCGACGAUAUCGAUGUGGGUCGUCUGCCCGCGCACAAAGUAAACGUGCUCACCCACUACAGGCCAAUAGUCAACAAAGAGGGAUACGCAGCAAAAAGGACCAUUCUAAAAAAGCUUUAUGCGCAUAUGAAGAGAAGGAUUAGGAGCGCAUACAGACAUACAUGCGAGACACUAGAACCAGUGUCUCGAACACCGGUAUGCAUAGGAUCAGCCGUAGAGAAAGAGCAAACAGAGGACACGUUAAGGCCUCACGUAGAGGAAGAGGCGGUGAGAGUAGAGCAAGAGAGGGAGAAACAAAGAAAACGAGAGGAGGCAAAGAAAAAGAAAAUAGAGAGGGAGAGGGAGAAGAAUGAACAAGCAGAGCAAGAAAAGCAAGAGAGAUUGGUUGAACUUGCUCAUGUACGAGCAGAUGAAGAGCGAGCAGAAAAAGCUCGACAGGCGGAGAUUGCUUGUCUAAGAGAAGAGGCCAGAAUCAGAGUAGAGGAAGAAGCUCGUCGAAACUUGGCCCAAUCCUCUAGUCCUAACCAAGGGGAUGACCAAGAGCACUUCGACGAUGCUGCUAGGUCUUAUACUUCAAGUGAAGAGAGUGAGGAAGAAGAAGAGAGUGAGGAAGAAGAAGAGGAGAGUAAGGACGAAGAAGAAAGUGAGAUUGAGGAGGAAAAAGAGGAAGAACAAGAGGGAGGAGGUGUAGAAGCUGCUCUGCCUUAG